UCCUGGUGAAAUAGGAGCGAGGAGGAGGCGGCCGCUGCGGGAACGAGCCCAGAGCGGCGCCAUUUUGUGGAAAACAAACGGAUAGAACCGGAAAGCGGGAAGGGACAGUCGAGGCCCGGGUGUUAGUGAGGUCGCUGGCUGUGCCAUGUUUCUGAUGGGUCGGACAGGCUGAGGGUCCUGUUCACACACGGCUCAGAAAUUGGCUCAUUUAAAGAAAUUAACCUGUCUGCAGAGACCAGAGGGGAAUAAUGGUGAUUUUGCGCCGGGCUCGGCCGCCUGCUUCCGCCCCAACCAGCAAUGAAUCUUGACUCGCUUUCGCUGGCCUUGUCUCAAAUCAGCUACCUGGUGGACAACCUGACGAAGAAAAAUUACCGCGCCAGCCAGCUGGAAAUACAACACAUUGUGAAUCGGCACGGCCCGGAGGCAGACAGGCACUUGUUACGCUGUCUAUUCUCUCAUGUGGAUUUCAGUGGCGAUGGUAAAAGCAGUGGCAAGGAUUUCCAUCAGACCCAGUUUCUGAUCCAGGAGUGUGCCUCGCUGAUAACAAAACCGAAUUUCAUCUCUACUCUUGCGUACGCCAUUGACAAUCCCUUGCACUAUCAGAAGAGCCUGAAGCCGUCUCCUCAUCUCUUCACCCAGUUGAGUAAAGUUCUGAAGCUUAGCAAAGUCCAAGAGGUCAUCUUUGGCUUGGCUCUUCUCGGCUCCUCCAGCGCUGACCUGCGGGGUUUUGCUGCGCAGUUUGUGAAGCAGAAGCUCCCGGAUCUCCUGCGCUCUUACGUAGACGUGGACGUUAGUGGAAGCCAAGAAGGUGGAUUCCAAGACAUCGCCAUAGAGGUCCUGCACCUCCUCCUCUCCAAUCUCCUUUUCGGCCAGAAGGGAGCCUUCGGGGUCGGACAGGAGCAGAUUGUAGCCUUCCUCAAGACCCUCCGCAGAGAUUUCCCCCAGGAGCGCUGUCCGGUGGUGCUUGCACCACUCCUCUACCCUGAAAAACGGGACAUCCUGAUGGACCGGAUUCUUUCUGACUCUGGAGGAAUCACCAAAACCAUGAUGGACAGUUCCCUGGCAGACUUCAUGCAGGAGGUUGGCUACAGUUUCUGUGCCAGCGUGGAGGAAUGCCGCAAUAUCAUCAUUCAGUUUGGUGUCCGAGAAGUUACUGCUGUGCAGGUGGCUCGGGUGUUGGGGAUGAUGGCCCGGACACACUCAGGGCUGACGGAUGGCAUCUCCUUGCAGUCUAUUUCAUCUCCUGGCAGUGGAAUCUGGAGCGAUGGUAAAGACAAAAAUGACAGUGUGCAGGCCCAUACCUGGAAUGUGGAGGUCUUUAUAGAUGUUGUGAAAGAGCUGAAUCCAAGCUUGAACUUUAAGGAUGUCAUAUAUGAGCUCGAUAAUCCAAUGUUCCUGGUUCGUGACAGCAAAGGCCUCCAGACUGUGGUGUAUGGCAUCCAGAGAGGGCUUGGGAUGGACGUGUUCCCGGUGGAUCUGAUCUACAGGGCAUGGAAGCAUGCGGAGGGGCAACUCUCCUUCAUCCAGUAUUCCCUGAUGAAUCCAGAUAUUUUCUGCUUUGCGGAUUACCCCUGUCAUGCUGUGGCCACAGAUAUCCUCAAGGCCCCCCCGGAGGAUGACAAUCGUGAGAUUGCCACAUGGAAGAGUCUGGAGCUGAUCGAGUCCCUGCUUCGGCUGGCUGAGGUGGGGCUGUACGAGCAGGUCAAGCAGCUCUUCAGCUAUCCCAUCAAGCACUGUCCCGAUAUGCUGGUGCUGGCCUUACUCCAGAUCAAUCCCUCGUGGAACACCCUGCGCCAUGAACUCAUCUCCACAUUGAUGCCAAUAUUCCUUGGUAACCAUCCCAACUCUGCCAUCAUUUUGCACUAUGCAUGGCAUGGUCAGGGCCAGUCUCCUUCCAUCCGACAGCUGAUCAUGCAUGCCAUGGCAGAGUGGUAUAUGCGUGGUGAACAGUAUGACCAGGCUCGGCUUUCUCGUAUACUUGAUGUGGCCCAAGAUUUAAAGGCCUUAUCAAUGCUGCUGAAUGCUACUCCAUUUGCCUUUGUCAUUGACCUUGCUGCACUCGCCUCCCGACGGGAAUACCUCAAACUGGACAAAUGGUUGACUGACAAAAUCCGGGAACAUGGGGAGCCUUUUGUCCAGGCUUGCAUGACCUUCCUCAAACGACGCUGUCCUUCCAUACUUGGUGGCAUAGUUCCAGAAAAAGACCAACCAAAAAGCGCCCAACUUCCACCAGAAACCCUGGCAACCAUGCUGGCAUGUCUCCAAGCCUGCGCUGGGAGCGUGUCACAGGAGCUGUCCGAAACCAUUCUUACCAUGGUCGCUAACUGUAGUAACGUGGUGAACAAGGCUCGUCAGCCGCCUCCGGGGGUGAUGCCAAAAGGCCGUCCUCCCAGCACCAGCAGCUUGGACGCCAUUUCCCCAGUACAGAUUGAUCCUCUCGCUGCCAUGGCCUCUCUCAGCAUCGGUGGUUCUGCUGUUCCUCACACACAGAGCUUGCCCGCAUUUCCUCCCAACCUGGGCUCUGCCUUCAGCACCCCACAGUCACCAGCAAAGGCCUUUCCACCACUGACCACUCCGAACCAGUCCACAGGGUUCAGUGGCCUUGGGGGCCUCUCCUCCCAGCUGCCAGGUGGGCUCAGCACGGGCAGUCUUUCUGGAAUGGGCACAGGUGGUCUAGGGCUUUCUGCUGUCAACAGCGACCCGUUUGGGCAAAGAAAACUCAGCACUUCUGGACUCAGUCAGCCAACAUUCCAACAGAGUAAGUCCUGUCCCUCUGCAGUGCUCGGCCUGCUCCUGGGCAGUGGUCACUUAUCUCCCAUCCAUCUGUCUCCUGCAGCCGAUCUGUCUCAGGUGUGGCCAGAGGCUAACCAGCACUUUACUAAGGAGAUUGAUGAUGAGGCAAACAGCUACUUUCAGCGUAUUUACAACCAGCCGCCUCACCCGACCAUGUCUGUGGAUGAGGUACUGGAAAUGCUGCAGAGGUUUAAGGAUUCCAGUAUUAAGCGGGAACGUGAGGUCUUUAAUUGCAUGCUCCGAAACCUGUUCGAAGAGUACCGCUUCUUCCCCCAGUAUCCAGACAAGGAGCUCCAUAUCACCGCCUGCUUGUUUGGUGGCAUCAUUGAGAAAGGACUUGUCACGUACAUGGCUUUGGGGCUGGCGCUGCGCUAUGUACUAGAAGCUCUCCGCAAACCUUAUGGAUCCAAAAUGUAUUUCUUUGGCAUCGCUGCACUAGAUAGGUUUAAAAACAGAUUGAAAGAUUACCCCCAGUAUUGUCAGCACUUGGCUUCUAUCACUCACUUUAUCCAGUUCCCUCAUCACCUGCAAGAGUACAUAGAGUACGGUCAGCAGUCCCGGGAUCCUCCGGUCAAGAUGCAGGGCUCAAUCACCACCCCUGGAAGCAUUGCACUUUCCCAAGCCCAGGCACAAGCUCAGGCCCAGGUCCCAGCCAAAGCGCCUCUUCCUGGUCCAGUGAGCACAAACGUAGUCACCACCUCUACUGCCACAACUUCAGCCAAAACCAUCACUAUCACCAGGCCCACCGGCGUCAGCUUCAAGAAGGAUGUACCGCCGUCCAUCAACACUACCAAUAUAGACACUCUGCUUGUGGCAACUGAUCAGACGGAGAGGAUUGUGGAGCCGCCAGAGAACGUGCAAGAGAAAAUCGCCUUCAUCUUUAACAACUUGUCCCAGUCCAACAUGACGCAGAAGGUGGAGGAGCUGAAGGAGACAGUGAAGGAUGAAUUCAUGCCCUGGGUGUCCCAAUAUUUGGUGAUGAAGAGGGUCAGCAUUGAACUGAACUUCCAUAGCUUGUACUCCAACUUCCUGGAUGCUCUGAAGAACCUGGAGUUCAACAAGAUGGUUCUGGCUGAGACUUACCGCAAUAUCAAGGUGCUUCUGACAUCUGACAAAGCUGCCGCCAACUUCUCUGACCGCUCUCUGCUGAAGAACCUGGGCCACUGGUUGGGAAUGAUCACGCUGGCAAAGAACAAGCCCAUCCUGCACACGGACCUGGAUGUGAAGUCCUUGCUGCUGGAAGCCUAUAUGAAGGGACAGCAAGAGAUGCUCUAUGUUGUGCCUUUUGUUGCCAAAGUCUUGGAGUCCAGCAUCAGGAGUGUGGUUUUCCGCCCGCCGAAUCCCUGGACUAUGGCUAUAAUGAAUGUACUGGCAGAGCUUCAUCAAGAACAUGACUUGAAGCUGAAUCUUAAGUUUGAGAUUGAAGUUCUGUGUAAGAAUCUGGCCAUAGACAUCAAUGACUUGAAGCCUGGCAACCUGCUGAAGGACAAGGAUCGUCUUAAAUCCUUGGAUGAGCAGCUUUCUGCCCCUAAGAAGGAUGUUAAGCAGCCGGAGGAGCUGCCGCCGAUCACCAAUGCCAAUGAGUAUGCCAUCCGCACGGCUGGGAAGCUCUGGGCCUCGGUGGAGAAGCAGGAGUCUGAUGCGGUCUUCACAGCAACUGCCACCGCACCACCGCCGAGUGCCACAUGCACGGCCACUGCACCACCACAGCCUCAGUACAGCUACCAUGAUAUCCAUGUCUACUCUCUUGCAGGACUUGCUCCUCACAUCACCCUUAAUCCCACGAUUCCCCUCUUCCAGGCUCAUCCGCAGCUCAAGCAGUGUGUGCGCCAGGCGAUAGAGCGUGCCGUGCAGGAACUGGUACAUCCUGUGGUGGACCGUUCCAUCAAGAUCGCAAUGACCACUUGUGAGCAGAUCGUGCGGAAGGAUUUUGCGUUGGAUUCUGAGGAGUCUCGGAUGAGGGUGGCAGCCCAUCACAUGAUGAGAAACUUGACUGCAGGCAUGGCCAUGAUUACCUGCCGGGAGCCUCUGCUCAUGAGUAUCGCAACCAACCUCAAGAACAGCUUUGCCACAGCCAUGCGGGCGGCCUCCCCCCAGCAGCGGGAGAUGAUGGAGCAGGCAGCGGCUCAGCUCGCUCAGGAUAACUGUGAACUGGCCUGCUGCUUCAUUCAGAAGACGGCGGUGGAGAAGGCUGGGCCGGAAAUGGACAAACGACUCGCCACAGAGUUUGAAUUGAGGAAGCACGCCAGGCAGGAAGGCCGUCGCUACUGUGAUCCUGUUGUGCUGACGUAUCAAGCAGAGCGCAUGCCGGAACAGAUCCGACUGAAGGUCGGCGGUGUGGACCCCAAGCAGCUGGCUGUUUAUGAGGAGUUUGCACGUAACGUUCCCGGUUUCCUGCCCACCAACGAUCUGACCCAGCCCACGGGAUUCUUGGCUCAGCCCAUGAAGCAACAAGCCUGGGCCACCGAUGAUGUCGCUCAGAUUUAUGAUAAGUGCAUAACUGAAUUGGAGCAACAUCUGCACGCCAUUCCUCCCACUCUGGCCAUGAACCCCCAGGCACAGGCUCUGCGCAGCUUACUGGAGGCCGUGGCCCUUGCUAGGAACUCUAGAGAUGCCAUUGCUGCAUUAGGCCUACUACAGAAGGCUGUAGAGGGGCUCCUGGAUGCCACGAGUGGAGCAGAUGCUGACCUCCUCCUCCGGUAUCGGGAGUGUCAUCUCCUUGUCCUGAAGGCUCUCCAGGAUGGCCGGGCUUAUGGCUCUCCUUGGUGCAAUAAGCAGAUCACUAGGUGUUUAAUCGAAUGCCGGGAUGAAUAUAAGUACAACGUGGAGGCCGUGGAGCUGCUGAUCCGGAACCAUCUGGUGAACAUGCAGCAGUAUGACGUCCAUUUGGCUCAGUCCAUGGAGAACGGGCUGAAUUACAUGGCUGUGGCCUUCGCAAUGCAGCUGGUGAAGAUCUUACUGGUGGAUGAGCGCAGUGUCAGCCACGUGACUGAGGCGGAGUUCUUCCACACCAUAGAAACUCUGAUGCGCAUCAAUGCCCACUCCAGAGGCAAUGCUCCUGAAGGGCUCCCCCAGCUGAUGGAUGUUUUGCGCUCAAAUUUUGAGGCGAUGCUUGAGCGGGCUCAGGGUGGGCCUAACUUCAUGAUGCAUUCUGGCAUCUCGCAAGCGUCGGAGUACGAUGAUCCUCCAGGCCUGCGGGAGAAGGCAGAGUAUCUUCUGAGAGAGUGGGUGAACCUGUACCACUCGGCAGCUGCCGGACGUGACAGUACCAAGGCCUUCUCUGCGUUUGUUGGGCAGAUGCAUCAGCAAGGGAUCCUGAAGACGGAUGACCUGAUCACUCGCUUCUUCCGGCUGUGCACGGAGAUGUGUGUGGAGAUCAGCUACAGAGCCCAGGCAGAACAGCAGCAUAACCCUGCCGCCAACCCCACCAUGAUCCGCGCCAAGUGCUAUCAUAAUUUGGACGCCUUUGUGAGACUCAUUGCGCUGCUGGUCAAGCAUUCUGGAGAGGCCACCAAUACAGUGACCAAGAUUAACCUUCUCAAUAAGGUCUUGGGGAUUGUUGUGGGGGUCCUGCUCCAGGACCACGAGGUGAGGCAGAGUGAGUUCCAGCAGCUGCCAUACCAUCGGAUCUUCAUUAUGUUGCUGCUCGAGCUGAACGCUCCGGAGCAUGUCCUUGAGACCAUCAACUUCCAGACUCUCACCGCUUUCUGCAAUACUUUCCACAUCCUGCGGCCGACUAAAGCUGCGGGCUUUGUCUAUGCCUGGCUGGAGCUGAUUUCCCAUCGGAUCUUCAUUGCACGAAUGUUGGCGCACACGCCGCAGCAGAAGGGGUGGCCUAUGUACGCCCAGCUGCUGAUCGACCUCUUCAAGUAUCUGGCGCCAUUCCUCCGAAAUGUGGAGCUCACCAAACCUAUGCAGAUUCUGUACAAGGGCACUCUGCGGGUGCUGCUGGUGCUCUUGCAUGACUUCCCCGAGUUCCUCUGCGACUAUCACUACGGCUUCUGUGACGUCAUCCCACCCAACUGCAUCCAACUGAGGAACCUGAUCCUGAGUGCCUUCCCCCGCAACAUGAGGCUUCCAGACCCCUUUACUCCCAACCUCAAGGUUGACAUGCUGAGCGAGAUUAACAUUGCCCCCCGGAUCCUCACUAACUUCACUGGAGUGAUGCCCCCACAGUUCAAGAAGGACUUGGACUCAUAUCUGAAGACACGGUCACCGGUCACCUUCCUCUCAGAGCUCCGCAGCAACCUACAGGUCUCUAACGAGCCUGGAAAUCGCUACAGCAUCCAGCUGAUCAAUGCGCUGGUCCUGUACGUUGGGACGCAGGCGAUUGCACACAUCCACAACAAGGGCAGCACUCCCUCCAUGAGCACCAUCACUCACUCAGCCCACAUGGACAUCUUCCAGAACCUGGCUGUGGAUCUGGACACUGAAGGUCGCUACCUCUUCCUGAAUGCCAUCGCCAACCAGCUGCGCUACCCCAACAGCCACACGCACUACUUCAGCUGCACCAUGCUGUACCUCUUCGCUGAGGCCAACACUGAGGCCAUACAGGAGCAGAUCACCCGGGUCCUUCUGGAGCGGCUGAUUGUGAACAGACCUCACCCCUGGGGGCUACUCAUCACCUUCAUCGAGCUGAUUAAGAACCCCGCCUUCAAGUUCUGGAACCACGACUUUGUGCACUGUGCCCCCGAGAUUGAGAAGUUGUUCCAGUCGGUGGCGCAGUGCUGCAUGGGGCAGAAGCAGGCUCAGCAGGUGAUGGAGGGCACCGGUGCCAGCUAGGUUGCCCCUGUGUCCUCUCUGAACUGGACAAGUCUGCAAUGUGAAGAAUCCUCGUUUCCUUAGUUUCCGCCCGACCGUUGCCGCCGCCCGGACACGAGUCGUAGCCAAUGGCUGGGGGACGUUGAGUUUUGAUUUUUCUUCUUUUUUUUCUUUUUUGGCCAAACACAGGAGGUUGUGAAUAUUGGAGCUUUUUAGUUGAUUGGUGUAAAUAUGGCUGCCGCCGGCCCUGAGCCACUUCCAUCCUGUCGUUUGGCUGCAAAUGAACUGAGCGCGGGGGCAGGAGCACUUGUGCCGAGCUGGACGCUUUUCUGAGACUUGGGUUGUACGCUCACCCCCUCCAGCAGCCAGGCGACAGAUGUACAGAGCCCCUUCCCCCCCCAUUCCUGGACCAAUACAGGCGUUUUGUAGAGUUUUGGAUGUUUUGUAAAUGUAUUGGUCGUGUUGUAUUUUGUAGCUUUCAGUUCUCACUUGUAUGUAUGGAUUCUGUAGUUACACAUUAAAGUCAUGAGCUGCA